AUGAAAAUUUUCAUUUCCAUUGUUGGUCUUUCGCUGUUGGCGACCACUUCCCUUGCCCGAGAGAAGCCAGUCGAUCAAGAUGAUCACGCGAGAUAUUCCUCCGGAGAGGUGAUGGGGUCCAUUCUCCGCACCAAGCAAGCCACCUGGGACGAUCUGGAGAGAAAAGGUUACUUCGCUGAUGGAGCAUGGAAGAGCCACAACUAUUAUAUGGAAUGUGGAGAAGACGGGAUCAUUCAGCUGGGCCCCGGCGCCAACAACAGCCAUCAAUGCUUCAAUCUUGACCUCACCGGACAUCUGAGCCACGAGGAUCUGGGAAGAAGCUCAAUUUGGGGAAUUACACUAGAAGGGAGAGAAUUCGUCAUUAUUGGUCAGGCGGACGGCGCCGCCUUCGCUGAGGUUGUCGGGAGAGGUUGGUGGAAUUGGGUUCCCGUCUAUGGGAAGGCGGAGGGCACUCUCGAUUAUCUUGGUCGCCUUCCGCAUCAGAGUGUGCCGAGUUGGUGGAGAGAGAUCAAGACAUACAAGCACUAUGCUAUCAUCGGCUCGGAGGCUGUUGGGCAUGGUGUUCAGAUCUUUGAUCUGAGGAAGUUAAUUGAUAUACGCCCUAGAUGGGACUCACUCUCGAGGGUAACUAAGACUUUCAACAUUGCCACUGACCUUACUGGCUGGUUCAAUGACCUACCCAUUGGCAGGUCUCACAACGUUGUUAUCGCCGAAGCAAGUGAACAUGUCAUUGCAGUUGGAGCUGCGCCCCGUAACGACACUUGCGCUUCCGGAUUGAUAUUUAUCGAUGUUUCCGAUCCUUCAAAGCCCAAGAAGACCGGCUGCGCUUCUGGUGACGGAUAUGUCCACGAUGCACAAUGCCUAAUCUACCAGGGCCCACACACUAAAUACGUCGGCAAGGAGAUUUGCUACGGGUACAACGAGGACAGCUUGACCAUUUACGACAUCACGGACAAGGCCACCACUAACAUCAUUUCCAAAACCUCAUACGAAGGCGUCAAUUACACCCAUCAAGGAUGGGUUCUCGACGAGAAGGAUCAGCGCUUCCUCCUCCUCGACGACGAGCUCGAUGAAAUCAGGAGGGUCGGGCCAGCAGCCGACCAGCACGCGACCACAUACAUCUGGGACAUCUCCAACCUCGAAAAGCCGAUCCAGUCGGGAAUCUACAAGUCCAAGGCCAUCUCGAUCGACCACAACCAGUACGUCGACAAGGGCUACGCCUACCAGUCCAACUACGGCGCCGGCCUUCGCAUCCUCGAUAUCACCAGCAUCCCCCAUGACCCGACCGGUGCCGGUGUCCAGGAAGUCGCCUAUUUCGACGUCUUCCCCGACGACGACAACUCGCCAAAUGUUACUUUUGUCGGAACCUGGGCCUCGUACGGGUACUUUAAGUCUGGACACAUCGUUGUCAACACGAUUGAUCGUGGCGUUUUUGUCGUCAAGAGGAGCAAGGUGGUGAAGGGUGGGUUCCGGGCGGAGUUUUGA